GUCACCGCACACACCUCCUCUUCCCAAGACCCCACUACUCCUCGAGCAGCCCCGCCGCCACCCCGAUCCCCUUCGAGUCCGGCGUCCCCGCCUCUUCGAGCCCCUCUCCGCUUCCCCUCGAUCCUCCUCACCUCGUGCAUCGCCGCCAGAUCUGCGCCACGCCAGCCGCGGGCGUGACCUGCGUCUCCUGGUAGCUAGCUAUCGCCACCGCCCCUGGUCGCCGCCGCAGCUCACCCUCGUCGCCGGCCGGACCGUUUUCUGCAAGUGCUUAUAAAAGUGGCUACUCUUGCCUGCUGUUCUUCCAAGCAAAUUAAGCCGCGACUUAAAUCGAACCAUCCUGAUGGAGCUAAGCACCGCCACUCUCCUGCUCUCUAUCUCUGUCGCCUCACUGGCGAUUCUUGCGUCGUUGCUUAGCCGCAAAUCGGCACCAAGCUCCAAGAGGAGGCGGCCUCCUGGUCCACGGUGUCUCCCCUUCAUCGGAAGCCUCCUCCACCUCCUUACCUCGGAGCCGCAGGUCGCUCUCCGGGACCUGGCCAAGAAGCACGGGCCGGUGAUGUACCUGCGGCUGGGCCACGUCGACACCGUCGUGAUCUCCUCCCCGGCGGCGGCACAGGAGGUGCUCCGGGACAACAACCUCACAUUCGCGUCGCGGCCGAGCCUUGUGGCCACGGAGAUCCUAUGCUACGGGAACACUGACAUCGCCUUUGCGCCGUACGGCGCGUACUGGAGGACGCUGCGAAAGAUCUGCAUGGUGGAGCUCCUGAGCGCGCGGAAGGUGAGGCAGUUCGCGCCCAUCAGGGAUACUGAGAUCCUGUCCCUCGUUACGAAUGUCCGCGCUGCCGCCAGAGGCGGCGAGCCAGUAAAUCUCGGCGGACUGCUCGUGUCUUGCUCGAACACGAUCAGCGCAAAGGCCACGUUCGGUGAGGGAUGCGAUGCCGACCUCCAGGAGCAGUUCUUGUCUGCGAUCGGCGUGGCACUGGAGUACAGCGGGGGCUUCUGCGUCGGGGACCUCUUCCCGUCCCUGUGGUUCGUGGAUGUCGUCACUGGGGUGAGACGCCGGCUCUGGCGAGCGCACAGGGUCCUCGACGCCGUCUUUGAGAAGAUCAUCACUAGGUGCGAGGCGCGGCGGGAGGAGAAGAAGUCAACGGCGACGACCGGCGGCGGAGAUGAUGACCUUCUGAGCGUCAUGCUCAGGAUCAAGGACGAGGACGGCCUUGAGUUCCCCAUCAGCACCACGAACAUCAAGGCAGUCAUAGUGGAUAUGUUCACGGGAGGGACCGAGACAACAUCAUCAGCCGCCGAGUGGAUCAUGUCGGAGCUCAUGCGGAGCCCGGAGGUAAUGGCGAAGGCGCAGGCCGAGGUGCGGCGAACAUUCGGCAACAAGAACCCACGAGACCACGAGAGCCUCAUAGAGGGGCUGUGCUACACGAGGAUGGUGGUGAAGGAGGGCUUGAGGCUGCACCCGGUGUUGCCGCUCGUCCUCCCACGUGUCUGCCGGGAGACCUGCGACGUCGGCGGAUUCGAGGUCACGGAGGGCACCAGGGUCUUGGUUAACGUGUGGGCGAUAGGGAGGAGCGCCGAGCAUUGGCAGGACGCCGAGGUGUUUAGGCCGGAGAGGUUCGCGGAUAGCACGGCGACAGACUACACCGGCACGCGGUACGAGUACUUGCCGUUCGGCAGCGGGAGGAGGAUGUGCCCCGGCGGCAACUUUGCGAUGGCCACGCUGGAGCUCACUGUGGCACGGCUUCUCUACUACUUCGACUGGAGCCUCCCCAACGGGAUUCGACCGGAGGAGCUCGACAUGGACAUGAUCGUCGGCGCAACGGCAAGAAGAAGGAACCAACUGCACCUAAUUGCAGUGCCCUAUAAUGUCCCAAUCGAUCUUUAAAGCCGAUGUUUGUGACAAGUUAACUUUCGUUCUUCUGCCAUGUGGGAUGAAUGUCUAUAUAUGUCUUAUUUUUAUGCAAUGUAAUGGACAAAUAAAUAAUUUCGGCAGAUAACAUUGUAUA